UAACAUUUUUUAUUUGCAGCUCCUCGAAGAAUAAGGGUAUAUGCAGAUGGUGUAUAUGAUAUGUUCCAUCAAGGACACGCUAGACAGUUAAUGCAAGCGAAAACUGUAUUCCAAAAUGUUUACUUGAUUGUUGGAGUAUGCAGUGACAAAGUCACACAUACUUUUAAAGGUAAGACUGUAAUGACCGAUGAAGAAAGGUAUGAAGCUGUUAGACAUUGCCGUUAUAUAGAUGAAGUUCUUAAAGAUGCACCAUGGGAAACCAAUGAUCAAUUUUUAAUAGAUAAUAAAAUUGAUUUUGUUGCUCAUGAUGAUAUACCUUACAUAAAUGAAGAUGGUCAAGAUAUUUAUGGAGGACUUAAAGAAAAAGGUAUGUUUGUAGGCACUCAAAGGACUGAGGGUGUAUCAACGUCAGAUGUUAUUUCUCGAAUUGUGCGGGAUUAUGAUAUGUAUGUUAGACGUAAUCUUCAACGUGGGUACAGUGCCAAAGAUUUAAAUGUAUCUUAUUUAAAGGAAAAAAAGUUUAAACUCCAAAACAAAAUGGAAGAACUUAAAGAUCGCAGUAAACGUGUAAUGGGAACUAUUGGUGAAAAAAAAGUAGACAUGCUGCAACGAUGGGAAGAAAGAUCAAGAGACUUUAUUGUUUCAUUCUUGUUGUUGUUUGGCCGAGAUGGACCAAUUUCACAUUUUUGGAAAGAUAGUAAAGGUAAAUUGUUACAAGCAUUUUCACCACCUGGUAGUCCUACUCCAAGUGGACGUAACACUCCYGAUUCAACUAGUUCGUCUGAAGAAAACUUAAGGUCUCCGCCUAGAAAAUCUAGUAGAACUAAACGUUAUUUGGAUGAUGAUGGCGACGACGAUGAUGAUGAAGAAGAAGAGGAAGAUGACUUAUUAAGUAGAUACAAUUACAUAAAUGGUGAAAAAAGCUCCAAUUCCUAGUUGAAAAGAAUGUUUAUAAAUCACAUUAAAAAAACCUAUUAGUUAAAUAUAUUUAAUUAUAAUGCACAAAUAAAUAAUCAUUAUUGUUAGAGUAAAAUUAACAGUAAAAACAUGUUUGGUAAUUAAUAUUCUUCUAUGAUUGUUUUAUAAACAAUAUAAACAUUUUAUGCAUAUUUA